GUGAUCCACCACAGAGAAAGGCAAAUUGAUUGGAUCAUCGGAAGAAAUCAGUGUAAUUUCCUGCAGUUAAAAACUUCUAGACACAAUAUUCUCAACGUGCACUCAAGAUGUUGAACUCAACGAGUCUCCAAAGCCAAUAAGUAUUGCGGUAAAAAGCUUAAUUCGACCACUUCAGUACUCAGGAUGGCUUCUCACAAUGGCCAUCAGCGAGCGGGGCCGCUGUUGCUGUUAACGAUAGUUACGCUGCUUGGAACGGCCGCAGACGCAGUGGUGUUUCAGACGAUCAUGAUGAACGUGACCGUACUUCGUCCAGACCUAAACAUGACGGCAUCAGCGGCGUGUGAGUGCAAGGCAAAGUGCUUCGUGCUGCCCAAGUGCAGCGCUGCGUCGUAUGACAUUACGACGUCAGUGUGCAGCAUGACGUACGACGCUCCUUGCAACGUCACGACAACAUUUGCUCCUGGCGUCAUCAGCCUCUUCAAGUUCGUUCUUCGAGAAGCGUUCAUCACCGAAGACAAAACCGUCAACGGAUCUCCCGACAACCUGAAGAAGAUGUGCGGUGCAGAAGGCGGGGUUCCGCUCAUCAUCAACACCAAGCAACUGCUUCGAGAAGCUAGGCAGCUCGUCGCUGACCAUGGAAUAUGGCUCAUGUGGGGUGCAAAUCGGGUGGCCUGGCUGAGCGCUUACCGCACUCCUAACAACGGCCCUUACCACUGGCCAGACAACUCCCCGGUGAUUGGCUGCGUCUUCACUGCAAACGACUUCUUUCCCGCUUUAUUCGCCGAUAAAGCGGAAGCAUCCGUGCUCCGUGACGAUGGAAAAAUUGGAAUGUUGUCAGAACAACUAGUCUUCAUCAAUGCUUUGCCCGUGCUGUGCGCAAGAACUCUCUGAAAAGUCUUCGAAGUAAAUAUUCAUUGUGAUUGCUAUAGUCUGU